AUGAGCCGGUCGACUUCUCAAAGGUCGAAUGUUAGAAUAGCAACGAGGAUAUUAGACAAUUAUGAAGCGGAAACUGGCAACAGCUUUGAUAAACCUAAAAAAAGUAAUUCGAGGAAGUCAUUAAAUGUGACGACCUUUUCGGCUCCCACGGAAAGUGUUCCACCAAUAUUGGAUGCUGUGGUAGAACCAGUAAUUGAAACAAUAGCAUCGGUAAAAGAAAUACAACCUAUAGAAUCACCAAAGCAACAAGAACCUUCAGGGAUGGAAUUUAUGCAAGAGGAGAUUUCGGAACGAUUUUCAAACGAAGAACUUUAA